AUGGCCCCUUAUCCCCAGGGCCCAGCUUUAACAACUGCCGAGGAAAAGCUCCUGUGGGACGACAGUGUUGUCAGAGGCCUUACGGAAGAGCAGUGGAAGGCCUUCGGGCAAUGGGUCGGGACUGAGGAUCCAACCCCCUUGGAAGCGAAGCAGUGGAUUACGAAAGAGAACGAUCUUGAUCUCAAUGUCUUUUCUCUGCAGACUCUGGCUUUGCUUAUCAAGCAAGCCAGAUUUGCGCACUGCGGUCAAUCGACCAAAACCUUGGAGCAAUCAUAUACGGAAGAUGAUCUGGUAGUCCAGAAACCAGGCUUUGGUUUACCUCUGGGUUAUAUGCCAGAUGAGGAAGACCGGUUCCCCUUGCUGUUUCUCAAUGACAACUUUGGUGACGGUUGGGAAGCUCCUGUCCUACUCAUUCGCGAAUGCUGCAUGCUAAAGCUCAUGGAUGAGUUGACUGAUAAGCCGCGAUGGUGGCAGAAGAUCAACGACGAAGACAUCGUAACAAAGUGGAAAAAGGAAGCUUUGGAGAUGAACUGGAAAUCGUACCUCAGAUAUGGCGACUUUACCCCAGCUAUGGCCGAUGCUGUGAGUUAUAAAAACACUUUACUGUCUUACGGUACUGAUGAGGGUGAUAAGUGUAUUACAGAAUUACGAGUCAAAGCGGAUUUAUACGAAAAAACAGGUCUUAUUCCUGUAUACGACUAUUCUGUGGCUGUGCUCAAGUCCGAUACUGUCAUGACCGACAAACUAGCAAAAUCUCUUCAAGAGGCAGUAAGGGUAUUGGAAGAUGUACGGUCCGAUCAAAGGGACUGGCAUCCAAGAAGUGGUGAGCAGGUCCUCGAUCUCGUUCAUCCGUCUCUCUGGCCUUUGGUUUAUGGCCGAUCUAAAAUUUUCUCCGACCGGAUCAUUGAUUUGCAAGAUGCAUUUGUAAACGACGGAAGGUUUGUUACCAUUCGUGCGCCUGCAGAUGAUGACUGCUACCGCUACAAAAAAGGGGGCUUCUGCGGUCAAGGUUUCCCUGUGCUGUCCAAUAGAUUCCAGUGGCUUCCUUGUGAUGUAGUACUGGACGCUGCAACAGGUGACGUCCAGAUCACGAGUUACAUCAAUAACCUUCACCCUCAGGAACAUGCGCACUUGUAUCCCAUCAUUGAGACUUUUAUCAAGAAAUCUUUGCCCGCUUGGGACACGCUGUAUCGCUGGGAGGAUGACUUUGCAGUGCAGCGACUCCAGGCAGAAGAAGCUGUACUUGAUUGUCAGGCAGCGGAAGAUAUUGAUUGCGGUUGUAAACCGUGGUAUCGUCCUCUAGGCGAAAAUGAGGCACCUCGACAUCCUUAUGAACCUGGGGGUGAUGAAUACGAGGAUCAAGGUCGGUGGUCUGAGGAAGACACUGACGAAGAAUCAGACAUAUCUGAUUCAGGCGAUGAAUCAAGCGAUGAUGAACGGUCGGAUCAUAAUGAAUCUGACCCAGAGUUGGUCUACUUCAAGGGAUCGCAACGGCGAAAGCUAGAUGAGGCGUGGUUCAAGACAACACACCAUGUCAAUGUUCCAGACGCUGAGCCAGAAGCAGCCGGUCAUGUUAAGAUUACACCCGGCGAUGUCAAGAACGACGGUUUCUUCAACGGCAAGACACAGAUACAAGUCAUUGUCAAGUUGUCAAAUAUCCACCUCACACCGGAAAAUCCUUCCUAUGACGGUGGUUCAUGGCAUACUGAAGGCCAGCUCAACGAGCACAUUGUCAGCACAGCACUGUACUACUAUGACAGCGACAACAUCACCGACUGUUCUCUUAGCUUCCGGACCACGACCAGAGAUCUGACGGAAGACGUGAGCUACGAACAAUACAAGCACGACCCGAUUUACCGAACAUUUGCUAUUGAGGAAGAUGGAGAUCGGCAGCAGGAUAUUGGUUCUGUGCAUACCAAGAGCGGCAGGGCCAUUUUCUUCCCGAAUCUCGUGCAGCAUCGUGUCUCAACUUUCAAGUUGAUUGACAAAACAAAGCCGGGCUACAGGAAGAUUCUUGCCUUGUUUUUAGUUGAUCCAGCUAUACCAAUCAUAAGCACUUCGAACGUCCCACCACAACAGAAGCAUUGGUGGCAUCCUGUUCACUUACAGACGAACAAGGCUCUACCUGACAUUUUCGACGGAAACGAGAAGGAUAACCUUGUAGAUUGGCCUAUGGGGUUGGAAGAGGCUAAGGAGCUACGCCUGCACCUAAUGGAUGAGAGAACCUGGAUGCAGGAGCAGGAACAAGAUGGUGUUAGACAAGAAUGGAACUUUUGCGAGCAUUAA